AGUUAGAACAUAUAUACAUUUUAUUUGAACCCUUACACUUAUCUUUAGGGUCUCUAACCUUCCCCUUUCACCUUCUCUCCGUUGAUUCAAGUAUCGGAAACUUCCAACUCUCUCUGUCCUCUCCCUAUCUUACAAGUUAGCCUCUCAAUGUAACUUUCCAGCAAAGCGCUCAAUCACCUUCAGCAAAAGACCUUCAACAAAUUUCAAAAGCCUACGACUUAAACCAAUAAAAUUGGUUUCGGGUUUGCUCAAUUAAGAAGAGGAUUUGAUUUGAUUUCUGUUAACAGUAUUUUUCAUUUAAAAAUCUUCAAUCCAUUUUUUUGGAGUUUAAAAAAUUCAUUGAGCUUGGACUCAAUGACAAUCAAUGAUUUGAAGGCGCCUGCAAGAUCUUUUGAUCAAGUUCAGGGAUUUGAAUCCUUCCAUCUUCCGUCUGGCAGGGAGUAAGUUCCUAAGAAGAUCGGACGGUCGAAAUAGAGAGUGGAGGUUUCGUGGCGGCUGAGUUAUUUAGGUAAUUUUAAUGAAAGAGGAACAUCCGCUGAUGCUAAGAAGAAGAUGGGAGGAGUCACGUCGUCGAUCGCCGCCAAAUUCGCUUUCUUCCCGCCAAAUCCACCGUCGUACACAGUGGUAGAGGACGAGUCAUAUGGUGGUCGGCUUUGCAUACCGCAGGUACCGAGGAGGAACGACGUGGACGUCCUGAAGCUGCGCACGGGCCGUGGAAACGACAUCGUUGCCGUCCAUAUAAAGCACCCGAAAGCUUCCGCUACUCUCUUGUAUUCUCAUGGAAAUGCCGCUGACUUGGGACAAAUGUUUGAGCUUUUCGUCGAGUUGUGUAAUCGCCUUCGAGUUAAUCUUAUGGGGUAUGAUUAUUCUGGCUAUGGACAUUCAACUGGAAAGCCAACUGAGUGUAAUACUUAUGCAGACAUAGUUGCAGCAUAUAAGUGUCUUAAGGAACAGUAUGGAGUUAAAGAUGAACAAUUAAUAUUAUAUGGUCAGUCUGUUGGUAGUGGACCUACUGUUGAUCUUGCUUCUCGUUUGCCAAAAUUGAGAGGCGUGGUUCUACAUAGCCCUAUUUUGUCUGGCAUGAGAGUAUUGUACCCUGUCAAAAAAACAUACUGGUUUGACAUUUAUAAGAAUGUUGACAAAAUUGGAGCAGUGAACUGUCAAGUUUUGGUAAUUCAUGGAACAGCAGAUGAAGUUGUGGAUUGUUCCCAUGGUAAACAGCUUUGGGAGCUUUGCAAGCAAAAGUACGAUCCUUUAUGGGUAAGUGGUGGAGGACAUUGCAAUCUUGAGCUCUAUCCAGAAUUCAUUAGACAUCUGAAGAAAUUUGUGUUAUCCCUAAACAAAUCAAAAGCGGCCACAAAUGGUUCUGAAAAAAUAGCGGUAAACUGUGACUGUCAGAGCAAACUAUCCGAUGGUGGAACUUCGGAAACUUUUGAAUUGGGUGCUGACCUUCCACAAGUUUCUAGAAACAGCUUAGAUAGUCGACUUGAGAAGUCUAAGAAGUCAAGUAAGCCUGAGAAGUCUCGAAUGAGCACUGACCAUGUUGAUAGGUUUAGGAGAAAAAAGGGCUUAGCUUGGUGAUUACUUACAUGAAGAGCAUCUUAAAUAAAGUACGGGCAUCUAUCCACUUGAGGAGGUAAUUUACUUUAGACUUUUGCUUUUGUAAUGUUGCAUCAUAGUCCAGCAUAAGUUAUUGGAUUGAGUGUGAUUUUUCUCAUAAAUGUUAUAAUUUUUCUGUAUCAUCACAAAACAAGUCCAAUUAAGUGAAAAAUCUGACAUUAUAAAUUCUUCUGUAUAGACAACAGCCCCAAUGCUAAAUGAAAAUAUUCUAGUAGUUUUUGAUAUAAGGUUCUUUGAUCUGUGUGGUCCAAUCUUGGAAGUUUUUCUUGCAUUUUUUAGCAGGUUUUAGGAAGCUGGUGUUUAUUUGUGGUGGAAUGAAAUUCGAUCAAACUUUUUGUUAACUUAAUGUUAAAUUGUAAAUUGUUCAUGUUGAGACAGUGUGUGUUAUUUUCCAAUCAAAAUUGGUUGGUUCUGUAUGGAGUCAAGACUCAAGAGCAGUAAAAUCAGUACCUCCUUCCCUGCAAAUUGCGAUUGAAGUUUCUACUUGGUUUUUAACCGAUUUACAAAUAUGAAGGAAGAAAAUUUGGCUACGUUUCUAAGGUAAAACAUGGGAGGCUUUGUGUGAUGAUUUCUGAUCGUCUUAACGUGGACUCAAUGAUGCCUACGACCGUCCAAAAAAAUCCGAGAAUAUAUCAUGGCAUAACCUAAAGCUUGGGGUUUUGCUUAGUAAGUAAUGUAUUCAUUAUCCAAGGAGCAGUAAACACUGCUAAGGGCAAUUACAAUGGUGUGCAACAGUUACUGUACAAACAUUUCUUUAUUCAACUUCCAUCUUUCUCUCAGUAUUUGAUUAACUCGAU